AUGAUCAAUGUUUCUAGACCAGAGAACAAGAUGGGUAGUUUGCCGAUCGAAUCCUCCACCCUGCGGGAUCCCUCCUCGAUUGUCGUAUCCACGCAUAUACCCAACAUGAAGGAAGUUUUCCUUGCGCAACUAGCGUCACAGUCGAUGCCAAUAGCUACAAAUUUUGCUGCCCCGGAAUUUUUUGAACAUUACGAGCAAAUCCGUUCCGCUCACCCUACCGGACGGCAGUCUGAUUCUGCGAAGACCUCCACAGGUGGUCACACGACUCCCUCCUCUGUUGUUCCACUCGCCAGCGUGGAUACUUUACUUCCUGGCCAUCGUACCUUUUUGGCAGAUUCACAUUGCUUCAACAGAACGUCGAACCACUCUUCAGGUGUUCGAGGUCCGAUGUUCAACGGAGAGCUUUGUCGUUGCGGAAUUUGCCCAGACUGCAGAAGUUAUUACACCUCCAACUUUAAUUCUGAUUUUGUGCAUGAUUCCAGUGCUGUUUCUCCUGUUUGCUCAGCCAGACCGGCCAACGAUCUUAAAAGUGCCGAGCAGCCCGAAAGCAAAAAGCAUGGCACCUCUGCGACAACUUUGCUUUACCACUUACCUGAACACAAAGCACUAAAGAGGACAGGAAAGGAUACUACCAGCCGGUUACCUGUCGCUGAACGUACGGUUACACUUCUACAGCAACCAUUGAAUGGUGAAGGCUGCUCUUCUACUGCUGCGGCUAGGACCUCUGACUUGUCUCAUCCUUGCAGCACGGAACUGCUCCCCGUUUCGGCUCGCUGUGAAACUGUAACGUCACCAUCCUCAAGCGUCCUGUUCGCCUCGACUGCUGUUCAUCCCCAAGCUGAUACCACCGCCUCAACAGACUAUCAAAAUUCCCAAUUUCUAGCUUCUGCUUCGGCUGCUGAGCGGCUGGUUACUCUGUUGCCACACCCGGACUCCACAAACAGCUACCUGAGCGCUUGCACCUCCUCCCCCUCCUCGUCCAUGGAAACCGUGAUCUCGAACAUCUCGCUCUCACACGCUACUCAGAUAAACCGACCUGAGGUCUCUGAAGCAGUGAACUCUACACUGCAUACCGUCUCAGCGUUGCCAGUCCAGCUGAAGGCGAAUGGCAGUCUCAGCUCACAUUUGACGCGGUCUGCUUCCUGUCAUCAGGCAACUGGUGGUCGUUUCAUCCUCCCAAAUAAGGCCAAUCCUAGGGAGGCAGUUGAUGCGCUGGCCAAUAACGUCGUCGUCAGUACUACGUCCGCUACGGCAAUCACCCCACAGGUGCAUUUAAUUUCCCUACCCCCCGCCAGUCAUGGCUCC